AUGCACUAUUAUGGGGAGCGGUAUAAACACCUGUACCUACCGGGAUCUAGCUAUAUCACUGAAAGCAUCCAGCAGUGCACGCCCCAGUCUGAUGCAUGCAGUACCACAUGCCACCCCGUGAGUGUGAUCAAGAGCCCAAUGCCGAGAUGGCAAAGCUACACGCAACCUUUCACUUACGUGUGCCCACAGCCAAGUGUAAGCCAGAUGUCUCUGCUGUCUUGUCAGCCCAAUGUACAACAGUGCAUCCUGCUGUACCCUGAGCCUUGCGAGACUACUCGCCUUCUGCCCUGCAGGAAGCCCAGCCUGAAGCUGAGCACGAUGCAGAAUUUCCAGCCCUGUGAGACCAGCUGCCCUGAGAAAAAGCGUACGGCCAAGAGCCUCCCACCAUGCGCACCCAGGUGCCCAGAGCCAAGCAAACUCAAGUUCCCACCAUGUGGGAUCAAGUACUCGUCCUCGUGCAAGGACGAAUGCAGGUCGCAGAAGAUAUCCAAAUGCUCAUCCCAGCGGUACGGCACGGAGCUCCGGUCCCUGCAGGGGAUGACCAGCGGCUAUUCUCUGCCACUGCAGGGAGUCACCGAGUGCCCCCCGCAGCAGUGCAUAACGCAGUCUUUCCUGCAGGAAUGCACGAGCAGUUUCCCCCAGCAGAAGUGCAUGAAGGGCUACCCGAUGCAGGAGUGUGUCACCACUUACUCCUCGCAGCAAUGUGUAAGCAAGUGCCCGCCGCAGCCACAUGUGCCCAAGUGUCUCCCUGGGCAGGAAAUAAAGGAGCGCUCCUUGCAACACACAGCUAAAUGCUCGCUGCUGCAGGAGGGAGUCAAGCACAAGAGCUCAUCCACACAACACCUAAACAAGUCCAAGUGCCUCUACCCACGGGCCACCCAGCACUCGAACCAGCAUCAUGCAGGGGGAGUGAAACGUUCAAGCCACUCCAAGAAGAGUCGCUGUGCUUCAAAAUGGCUGUGGUAA